AUGUGUCAAGACGACGCAAAAAUGAAUGGUACAGCACGACUUUUCCGAAUGAGAAAUGUUAAAAAGCUUAUUUUGUGUGUGUGCCUUCUGGGGGUUGUGCUGUGGGUGAACAAUCGCCUUAUGUCCUCAUUUUACUUUGAGGCAACGAUCGACAAUGAUUUUCCUAUCGACAAUCGACUCGAGAUCAACUGGACGAAGAAUGAGACUUCGGUUCUGUUGGACCUUCGGCUGAAGGACCAGAACCACUCUGUCGGCUGCACAGCCCAACAGGCCGCGGCUCGAAUGCAGGCGACUCGAGUGAAUCUACUCGAAGAUGAGAUAUUCCUGGCGCAGGCCAGGCCCAGUCUGGUGGCCAGUUGCCGGGGCGUCUGGCAGGCGAACGGCCUGCAUGACUCGAUCGCCAAACCGUUGCUAACCGAUGCUGGCCAAGCGCUGUCCGUCUACUCGGCCUACGUUGACCGGCGUCGGAGAGGAGCCGAUGCGAGGCGCUGGAGGCAAGAAAAAGCCCCGACGCCAGUGGCUCGUGUCCAUCUGGUCGGGUCGAAUACA